GGCGGAAUCUGGGUUUACAGCGAAAAUACAGGCAUUGACGAACGUGGGAUUCCUGUUCACUCCACCAUUUACAGAAAUCUCAGGUAUAGCGUGUCAUUUCUAUUGAUACACACUUAGUGUUCAGUUUUCUGGUACAGUAAAGUACCAUAACCGGGUGGACGAUCUUGUCGAAUCGGACGCCAUUACGUAACCUGUUUUAAGCAGGCUGCGUAGAAGCGGGUCUUCAUAUAGUCCUUAGCAAUCCAAUAGACUUCUUAAGUUGGUAUGUUUCAUUUUAUAACACUCUAGAAAACUGUUUCUUGCCAAACUUCUUCUUAUUCACGUGCAUAUGUACGCAUGAUUUAUGAAGAGACAAAGGGUCAAAUUCCCUUGGGCCCUUCUUUGGGAAAAUGUUUACAAGCUAAAGAGGUCUAUUUAAGCCUGUGCAUAAUAUUUGUGGGUUUCCUUGUAUAAAGUCGAUUCUGCUUUGGAAUAGUGCACAGGGUCCAGAGGAGUUUCGUGUGAAUAAAUGAAUUUUCAAUUCACCUUGCAAAAUGUCUAUACCUGUCGCUUAGCACGAUUAAUUAGCCCAAUCGGAUCUUCCUCUUAUCUGACCCAGAUCGACUUUGUUGUUCACCAUUUUGGAAAUCAAUAACCGCAAGUCAUAUCCUCCCUGGCGCACGGAACGUCGCCCGAAGGGCGACCGAGGCACGAAGUGCCAAGGAAAAAAAGGACAAGGGAGGAAACUUGUACCACGUGAUUUCGUUCGCUGUGAAGCGCAUCACUCGGUGACGGAAGUGAAUGAGACCGGAAACGCAAUGGCAACUCGAGAAUCAAAACAUCAGCUGCGGAGGGAAUUUUAAAGAUCUCAGAGAUCUAUGCAAAGGCAACAGAGUUUUAAUUGAAGUGAAGAUCUUUCAAGAUUGGUCUUCGAUGUAAAGCAGGUUUCGCUUGUGCAAUUUUUUCCUAGUAGUCGCAAAACGCAUAGCCAAAGACGCAAGAGGUAACACUGUUAGGACCACAGAAGGAUGGCACAGUCGUGAUGAUAUUACAGUUGCCUUGUACCUCCGCUCUACUCAGUGACACGUUUUAUUGCAAGAGUACACACGACCUGUAAAUCACUAUCCGUAAUUAACAUUCUCCAAACAAAACUAACCAGCUGGGCCCAGCGUGAUACAGCAUUGCAGAAAAACAUUACCUUCACGGACUAAAGAAAAUCGCUUAGUUAUUCAGAUCCAGAAGGCACUUUGGAGAAAAUUGGAACCUUAUUCAGCCGUAAUAAAAAGCUUCACGCCUCAAAAGAGCUCAAAGAAAAUACGCUUGCAUAGGGCAAAUCCUGCCGACCAGAAACAAUAACCACAGUAAAUCGAUAUGUGUGUCGUGACCUCUCAGUGUGAAACAUGCGGCUAAAAUCACAUUUGCUCAGUGAAAAUGUAGAACUUUCCAGAGCAUAAUCUACCCAAGUAGUGAUAGUGGUUAAUAUAACCCAGAGCCAAUCAGAAUCGAGUAUUUAGGUCACGUGACAGGUUUCAGCCAAUCAGAAUCCAGCAUUUUCAUGACGUCAUAAAUGUCCUGAAAAUGAGAUGGUACUUUUGAUGUGGGAAUGCCAAUGGGAUGAUUUAUGCAAGACCAAUCCUUUUGUCAAGAACUUCAUAUCCGACCUAAAAUUGGUGGAACCACUCGAACCUCGACAGGCAUUCUUUGGGGGCAGGACUGGGGCGGUGGCCCUCCAUGCGGUGGCAGGGGAGGGGGAGGAGAUACGUUAUGUGGAUUUUACCUCCCUCUACCCCUGGGUAAACAAGAAUUGUGUUUACCCCAUCGGACAUCCCUCUAUCUUCACCAACCCACGCAAUCAAGACAUCAAUGACUAUUUUGGACUGGCGACCGUGGACAUUAUUCCACCCUCACAUCUCUUUCACCCAGUCCUGCCCGUCCGGAGUGGGAAUAAGCUCAUCUUCCCACUUUGCAGUGCGUGCGUGCAGAUUGAGCAAAUGAAUCCUAUGCUGUUGAGAAGUAGUACUUGCUGCCACACGUACGAAGAACGUACCUUAAGAGGAACAUGGGCUACGCCUGAAAUCCAGAAAGCCGUCGAAAAGGGGUACAGAGUAGUUAAGAUAUAUGAAGUGUGGCAUUUUGGACCAAACCAGAGACGAGAGGGAUUGUUUGCACAAUAUGUCAACACGUUUCUCAAAUUGAAACAAGAAGCGAGCGGUUGGCCUGCGGAAGUGGCAGAUGACCCUGAAAAACGUCAAGAUUACAUUGCGAAUUAUCGCCGACAUGAGAACAUUCAAUUAGACCCCGACAAGAUUGAGAAAAAUCCAGGCAAACGAACGACCGCGAAAUUAAUGCUGAACAGUUUUUGGGGGAAGUUUGGGGAAAAGCCGAAUAAGCCAAAGACCGUGACGAUCACGCAACCCUCACAACUGUACCCCUAUUUGUUCUCGUCGAAUUUUUCAUUAAAAAAUCUGCGCAUAUGCACGGAAGAUGUCCUCGAAGCGGUAUUUACCGAAGUCGAAGACAAUGUUGUGCCCAGUGCAAAGACAAACAUUUUCAUCGCUUGCCUCACAACUGCGUGGGCCCGACUCAAACUGUACGAAGCCUUGGAUACGUUGGGAAAGCAGGUCUUGUAUUACGACAUCGAUUCGGUUAUCUAUCGGUGGAAACCUGGACAGACCUCUAUUGCCAUAGGGGACUACCUUGGAGAGAUGACUGACGAAUUACAAGGGGAUGUGAUUACGGAGUUUGUGUCGGGAGGAGCUAAAAACUAUGGGUACAAAACCCGCCAGGGCAAAACCGAAUGCAAAGUAAGAGGGUUCACCCUGAAUGUACGUGGAAAACAAGUGUUGAAUUUUAACACCAUGAAAGCGAACAUUUUAGCGGAAAUCGAGGAUCCCCAGGAAGAGAGGCGUGUCAUCAAAGUGACCAAUCCUAAUUAUUUCAAAAGAGACACAACCCACAAGACCAUCAAGCUUGUGAAUCAGACCAAACAAUACAAAAUGGUUUUUGACAAGCGGGUCAUUGAUCGUGACACAAAAAUGACCUACCCCUUUGGGUACCGAGUGUUAACAGAACCCGAUCGAGAAAAUGUGUAAAAGAGUUCUUGACUGGAAUCGAAUCUGCGAACCGAGUCCAUCUGACUGAUCACACUCUGCUCCAACCAAGCAAGAACUUUCUAACCAGUACCGGCGAUGGGUACCAAACCACCGCUUUUCCAGGUGAUUUUUUGGGCUGACUUUGUAAACUUUUUAAAACAAAAUGGGCGUGACGUUACUAGGAGGUCACACAUGUCCCGCUUGUAAUCAAGGCAUGACAUCGUAACAUUGUAUUAAAACCAACCAAGUGAUUUUUAUUGGCAAUACAGUGUGUGAUUUCUUGACUUCCGGUCGCGCGGUCAUUUCCGGGGGUCUGGGGAGUCACUUCCGGUCGCGCGGUCACUUCCGGGAGUCUGGGGAGUCACUUCCGUGUCACUUCCGGGGUCUGGGAAGCAGUUAAGCGUUGCUGCUUUCUGAUUGGUAGUCGCCAAGGUCACGUGACCGUUUGACGUCAUAGAGUGUGACGUCAUAGAGUGUGACGUCAUAAAUUGUUCUGCCAGUAGCCAAUCAGCACUCAGCUGUCAUGACGUCACAGCAAUCGCAUCACUCACUGGGAUUUUUCGUGACUCUUACAUGAAGUACCAUCUCAUUUUCAGGACAUUUAUGACGUCAUGAAAAUGCUGGAUUCUGAUUGGCUGAAACCUGUCACGUGACCUAAAUACUCGAUUCUGAUUGGCUCUGGGUUAUAUUAACCACUAUCACUACUUACCCAGCAGAGGAAAAAAACUUUAUUGGAACAAGCAGCAUUUUGGCAUGACAUUAAAGUCGUGUAGGCUUACCAUCCCCUCUUAUUGCUCCGAUCUCGAGUACAUUCACUUUACUACGUCAUUUCCGUCACCAUCGGUUGAGGUGCACAGCGAACGAAAGCGCUAUCUCGAAACCGUAAAUUUCGGUCGCCGAAAAUGAAUUUGAACGCUUUUUUAUGCCGUUUUCCUACAUUAUUUGGCAAAUACAUAAGAAUUCUAGAUCAGGUUAGUAAAAUCAGGCGAUUUCAUUCAAUUCCAUUUGAGUUUCAGGGAUUCGAAAAUCGGCCCCAAAUUUGUUUCCUCCCUUUCCGUAUUUUAUACUGUAAGCCGAUCUUGCGAGCCCUCAGUCUCUUGGUUUGCGGUCAAUAGAAUGUGUAACGAAACUGUAACGCGAUCAAAAUAACUUUUCGACGGGUUUUGAUGUUCUAACAACAAACACAUCUCCUCUGUACCCUGUGAUAGUGUGCUCAGUCUUUUUGGUGUUUUGUACACUUCGUUUCAUGCCUGUGCAUGAAUCUCGCCAUCAUUGUUACUGCCUUUUUUCACGGCUGACCGGCUUCAGUGAAGUGCCUUAUUAAUCAGCAAUUACAGGAUGUUUUUAGUAGUCCCAUUGAUCUUCUUUCACUUCUAUCUCACAAUACUCCAACUCUGCUGAUUCAUCCAAAUCAUGCAGGACCAGGUUCUUCUUAAUCUAUAAAACCUAGGCUCUCAUCAUCUAUAAUAUCAUAUCACUAUCAUUGUCAUCAUCCUUGUCUGGUUUAUCCAGGCAGUCUCUUUGUUUGUAAAUGACACAAGCAGCAGCAUUUGUUAAGUUUGCUUGAGUUGCUUACAGUGCAACUACUCGAACCUUAACAGGGGCACUUGAAAGAAUAUCAAACAAUCAAAACGUUUUUUGAAAACAAAAGAUUCUCAAGAUUUUUGCAAACGGACUAGUAACAUUCAUGAAUUUGAGUGUUGUUUCCUGAGAGGUCAGGUAAAUUCAAACAGUUUUAAGUCUUCAAUGGUUGCAUAGUUUAUUGGCCUGUUUGCAAAAAAAAAAACUUCAGAAUCUUUUGUUUUCAAAAAACAUUGUGAUUAGAUAAUCUUUUUCCAAGUGUGCCAGUUCCAGUGGUUGCACCGUAAAGAGUUGUUUCUAAUGAUAAACAAUUAUUGGAUGAGGUUUUUGUUAUAUCCGGAAUUAUAAUCAAGGUGGAGGGGAGUGUUAUCAGCUGAGCCAAUGGCCAAGGCUGAUAACAGUUACUGAGAGUUUUACUAAAAAGAGGCCCGGAGACCUACAGCCUAUGGCCCGGCAGCCCGCUGUGCCCCACAGAGGUCCAGUUUGAAUAUUCAACAGAUGUUUUGUUCAGCAGUAAAUCCACAGACAUGCACAGAUGUGCUUCUGAUAUAGGCCUGAGAAAUGGACAUCGAUGAGUCUGAAUUUGUUUACCCAACAUUUUAGUCAACCGUUGUAACCGAUGCAUAAACAGACAUGUCUCGCGUAGUAUAAAAAAGGAUUUGCAGUUAAAAAAGCAGAGGGAACUAAUUGACUUAAAUGAGAUAUCAGAAGAUGUGUGACUCCAUUAGUGAGUCACAUGAACUGAACUUUUUUUGGUUACUAAUCGUGCAAAUAAUAGUCUAUAACUUUGAUAUAGUACCCUUGAUUUCCAUCAUCUCCCAGGUGCAUUCUUUGAUCCUCUGCAAAGAGAGGAGGGAUGAGUGUGGCUUCAUUUUCCCAAACAGUGGCUGGUAAUUUAGCCUAUUGGUAUAGAAGCCAGUUGUUCAGAUUUUCAGGGAGUGGUCAGUUAGAGUUUGACCUGAGUCUCGCUGUUAAGCCCGUUUACAGCCUGGAAUAAGUUUAUUGAUUUACAAGCAAGAUUUGACGUUGUUAACUUGAAAUCUUAUAACUUUUCAAGUUGGUAUCCCCACUUAACAAGACCUUGAUUCUUCCGGGUAUCACGAAAAUCAAAUCUAAUAAUUGUUUCAUCAUCCAUUGUUUUGAGGAAAAUAAUGUAUGACAAACACAUGGUCACAUGGAACACAGUCAAAAUCAUGCAUUGCACCCACAACCUACAGAAAAGUGAGUUCUGCAAGCAGAUAACUGACUAAUCUUUAAGUUGCGCUGAGUUCCAGAAUAAAUGGUAGGAUGCCAAUUGUGUUUGUACAGAUAUUUGUCUAGUUCCAGCGGUAAAGAAAGUAGUGUCCAGUAGCCCAGGGCUAGUGGAUUUUGCUAUCGGGCUAGAGAAUUCUGUUCUUAACUUGCCCAAUGAGCAAGUGAAGUUUUUUGAGGAAUUCAAAUUACAGAAGAACUGUGAAAUCAACCUGCUCAUCAAAACGCUUUCAGAUAGUUGAAAUUAUGUUUGGGCUAGUAAAUGUUAGCUUCAGCUUACCCGAAUGGCAAGCUGUAAAAAUGACUUUCUUUGCACCCUAAGUUCAAAUACUUCCAAAUUGGUGAUUUCUCCUUCCAGAACAAACUAUUGCCAUUCAUAUUCCUGGAAUGUCUUCUGCCUAAGAUGCUGUGAAAGCAACAGUUUGUCAAACUUUAAAUCUUUGGUGGCAAAACACGUCAUGUAUGGCACUCUAUUAGAACAUGUUUUUUUGUCUUGUGUCCACACUUGGAUACAACCAACGGGAUUGAUAAUCAAUAUUAUUGUAAUAUUUAUAAUUUCCCUGACCACCUUAAAACAUGUUAAGAAGGAAUCUAUCAGGAAAUUGAGUAAUUUUAAUUUUGAGAGGACAAAAACCUUGUACCAAAAUAAAUUAAACAAUAUCGCAUUCUUUUUUACACUUUUUAAGGGCUAUAGAAGUAAUCAGCUGUGUGUAAUAAUACCAAAGAAAAUUUCUUAUGAGAGCCCGAGAAAAUAAAUGUCAAAUUUAACAAAAUGACAUCUUACACAUGAAAAUUUUAGAAUUUUGGCUCUGUUUUCAGAAUUCUUGUGAAAAUUCACAUUUAUUUUCUCGGCAACCUCGUUCUCAGGGUUCUCUCCUACCCACCCUACGGAGCGAGAGGGUAGGGUGGGUAGGUGAUAACCCUGAGAACGAGGUUGUUCUCUCGGGCCCCCGUGCGAAAUAGUUUUUGGUCUUAUCACAAAUAACUAAUUAUAUCUAUAGCCCUUGAAAAAUGUAAAAAAAAGAAUGCGAUAUUGUUUAAAUAUUAUUCUGGUACAAGGUUUUUGUCCACUGAAAAUUAGAAUUACUCAAUUUCCUGAUAGAUUUCAUCUUUAUAUAUUUCACUGAUAGUAUUUCUAAUUUUGAUGUACUUUUCAGAACCAAUGUGCCCAAAGAAAUUAUGGCUUUCCCUGAUUUUCCAUUUCCCUUAGAGUGGAGCUCAUACUUGAGUCAUCAACAAGUUCUCAAAUACUUAGAAGAUUAUACCAGUCAUUUUGACUUGUACAAAUACAUUCAGUUGAAUUCUGUUGUAAACAGUGUCCGUCCAUUGAUAGGUGAAGACAGUCACCAGCCUCUGUGGGAGGUUGUUGUUACAGAUGUUGAUACAAAAGAAUCUCAAGUUUUACUUUUUAAUGCUGUUAUUGUUUGCAAUGGGUAAGUUGAAUUUAAUGUAUAAUGUGUUCCAUAGUUAAUGGAGGUGACUGGUUAUGAAGCCCGGCAAACAUCAAAGGAGCAAACAAAGAUGCCAAGAUUUAUGUUAGAAGGUCCACGACCCUGCACAAUCUUUUGUUUUGCGUUCAUACGUUAUGCAUGAAUUACGUAACCAGCACGUUUCUAUUGGUUAGUCCCUCAGUACGGAGUAAACAACUAUUGUGUUUUGUGCAGGGUCAAGGCCAAAAAAGAGAACAAAAACAUACAACAAAGAACUUUGUCGGGUUUCAUAACCAUUCCCUCUAUUAACUAUGUGUGUUCUUAACAAUACAUCCUUGUUUUGCAGAAACACCCCACCUUUUCAAAAAGGUUUGUAAUGCUUGUUGUAAUUUAUUUUAAGGGUUAAAGAAUACAGUGCACCCUGUUCUGUAGCCUGUGAACAGGCUCUGAUACCUUUAUACAAAUAAUAAUGGACAGUUUCAUUUGUCCCAACCAACAGGUCAAAUUAAUUUUCUCCGGUUAACUCCUCCUUAUUUUUUACUCCACUUUCUGCCUUCAUGCCGUACUCCACUAUCUGAACGCCUGGAACAGGCUUUUAUCAAGAAUACAUAUAAUUUCAUUUGAAUCGUUUUUCCUACAGACAUUAUUCUAUUCCUCGUUUGCCAGCAAUUCCUGGUCUGGAGUCUUUCCCUGGAGUUGUUAUGCACAGUCAUGAUUAUCGACAUCCUGAAGUAUUUGCCGGAAAACAUCUGGUUAUUUUGGGUGCUGGGCCUUCUGGUGUAGAUAUUUGUCUCAACGUAGCAAACUGUGCAGAAAAAGUUUACCUCAGCCAUAAAGGAAGUCUUUGCUCCACACUUCCAGAAAAUGUGGAACAACAAAGGCCAAUAAUGUCUAUCAGCGUGGAUGGAACAGUCCUGUUUGAGGAUGGACAAGAGAGGAAAGUUGACUGCAUCUUAUUGUGCACUGGUUACAUUUUUUCUUUUCCAUUCCUGCAUGAUGACUGUAGUAUUCAGGUCAGGAACAAUCGGGUGACUCAUUUAUACAAACCCAUUUUUAAUACAAAAUACCCAACACUGUCUUUCAUCGGAGUGUGUUCCCUUUCCUGCGGAUUUGCACGUUUUAGUCUUCAAGCUCAAUACAUUGCAUCAGUGUUAAGUGGACGAAAGAGCUUGCCAUCUGAAGAUCAGAUGAAUGCUGAUGAAGAAAAAGAUUUUCAGGAGAGACUCUCACUUGGUAUGCCUGAACACCAUGCUCAUCGUACAGGAACAAGGGGAGAUUAUAACGGUGUCAUUGCACAGCUGGCUGGAGUUGAUCGACUGAGUCCACUUUACGACAACCUUUUUAAAUACGUGCUUGAGAAAAGGAAGUAUCACGUGAUGGAUUACACGAAAGACAAUUAUAAGGUUAAUGCUGACGGAACAUGGACAAGUCAAUUGUUUUAG